UAAUACCAGUGGCGGAGGUGCUGCUCCUCUCACAGACGCCAGCCCAGUCGUAACUGGACCAAGACCAGCAAGGUGACUCAUGGAAGGGGACGUGCAACAAUUUACUUCCUCCGUCCACGACGCCAGUGUCCUUGCUGGGCUCAAAGCACUGUAUGAGGGGGGAUUGCUUCUUGAUGUCACCCUAGUUAUUGACGACCAGCAGUUCCGGGCCCAUAAAGCACUCCUUGCCACCCAGAGUGACUACUUCAAGAAAAUGUUCACAGCCGAGAGCGGGGAGGGAGCUCAGGACAACAUUCCUUUGCAGGGUCUGACGGCUACAGCCUUCAGCCAUAUCCUAAAAUUCAUGUAUUAUGGAACUAUAGAACUGAGUAUGAAUACAGUUUAUGAAAUCCUGCAGGCUGCCAUCAAUACUAAACUUAAAGAAGUGGUGAAUUUCUGCUGCUCUUUUCUCCUAUCCAGAAUCUCCUUAGAAAAUUCUGGAGAAAUUUUGAAAUUCUUAGAUGAUUUUGGUAUAACCAUGGAGGGAGCCAGAGAGAAGUUGUUUUCAUGAAUUUUCAUGCACUUUCAACCAUUUCUGUUAACUUUGAAAAUAUCUCUUUUCCUAGAAGAUCUUUUUUUUUUAACUUUUAUGUCCUGUGUCUCACCUGUGAUUUGCUUUCCCCCCACAGGAUAGAAAAAUUGUUUUGACAUUACUCAAAUUAAAUUGACAUCUA